AUGAAUUCGAAAGAACCUGAUGCUUUCAUACGUUGUGAAAAGCUGCAGUUCGACACUAGUGAUGGCCAGAGUAUCGAUGUAGAGGCUGUGUUUCAGGACACAAUGCCGUCAGGAUCUCAUAUAGGUGCUGUGCUGGCCAUUCAUGGAUCACCGGGAUCUCAUAAAGAUUUCAAAUAUGUGAUGCCAUUGCUUCAGGCGAAAGGAAUACGAUUUGUAGGCGUUAACAUGCCUGGAUAUGGUCUUACUCCAGGUGACCCUGUUCUACGGUAUGACAACACGGAAAGAAACAACUUUGUACAUGAAUUGAUUGCUCGAAUCGGAAAUCUCGAACGACUAGUUGUGCUUAGUCACAGCAGAGGGUCCGAAAAUGCGAUUGGAGUUGCAGUAAGGAACAUGGAUAAGCUAGCCGGUUUAGUACUUCUGAAUCCUACUGGUCUUUCUCCUCAUCGCGCUGUGCGUCCUCGUUGGGUGAUUCCGUUCGUACUGUGGCUCUAUUCACUCGGACCCACAGCUAAAAGAAUUGUUCACCUCUGCUUGAAAUUAUUUUAUAAUAGUGUCCUGGGCAUUCGAAUGGACUCUGGAGAGAGGGCAGCAAUUUGCCUUAAAACGAUGAAUAGUUUGGAAUUUGAGGAAGGCUUACGACCACUUAUCAGCACUAUCAAUGACAGUCCAAAUGUAGGAAAGUACUGUUCAAUACAGGCACGAGUACUCGUGGCGUAUACUGGAAAGGACUUCCUUAUUGAAACAAGUGUUUCACGAAAAUUCGUUCAUUCAUUCCAUGACUGCAUAGAAAUAACUUGCGAAGAAAAGGGCGAUUCAUUUGAAGAUAGUGCAGUUCAUCAAACAUAUGAUUUGUUUUCAAGUGGUGCUAAAGCCGUGUCCAUCUUUUUCCAAAAAGAUGGGCAUUAUCUUCAGCGUGAUCGAGCUCGAUAUGUUGCCAAUAGUAUUGAAGCAAUUUUACAGACAUGUUUUGCUAGUAAUCGCUCGUAG